AUGGAAAGCAGUUUAUCGAGUCAUGGCGGCGCCGUCACUUGUGCAUCGUGGAUCCGGCGGCCCGAAAACGCGCAUCUGGUAGCGGUGGGAAAGGCGAGGCACGGCGACGAGCCGGCGGUGCUCGAGAUCUUCUCUUUCGACUCCAAGACGUUCUCUCUUUCCUCUUCUCCCUCGGCCUCCUGUGUGAUUGAAGAAGGUGAUCCUGUGAGCAUCGCGGUGCACCCAAGUGGCGACGAUUUCGUUUGCUCCAUCAACGGCGGCAGCUGCAAAUGGUUUGAGUUGUAUGGUCGAGAAGCUCAUAUUAAAUUGUUGUCUAAAGAUGUUGUUCCUUUACAAGAUACUGGCAUACAGAAAUGCUUAGCUUUUAGUGUUGAUGGAUCAAGAUUUGCAUGUGGUGGAGUGGAUGGACAUAUCAGAAUCUUUGAAUGGCCGAGCCUCCGUGUCAUUUUGGAUGAACCCAGAGCUCACAAGUCCGUUCAAGAUAUGGAUUUUAGUCUAGACUCAGCAUUCUUAGCUACAACAUCUGUUGAUGGCUCUGCAAGAAUAUGGAAUACAAGUGAUGGCGUUCCAUUGACUUCUUUGGCUCGCAACUCGGAUGAAAAAAUAGAGCUAUGUCGCUUUUCCAAGGAUGGGACAAAACCUUUCCUAUUUUGCACUGUCCAAAAAGGUAAUAAAGCGCUCACGGCUGUUUGGGACAUUAGUACAUGGAAUAAAAUUGGGCACAAGAGACUACUUAGAAAGCCUGCUUCUAUAAUGUCCAUCAGUUUGGAUGGAAAAUAUCUUGCUCUUGGGAGCAAGGAUGGGGAUAUGUGCAUAGUUGAAGUGAAAAAAAUGGAGGUAUCCCAUUGGAGUAAAAGGCUUCACUUGGGUUCAUCCAUUGCAUCGCUUGAGUUCUGUCCCAGUGAAAGGGCUGUGCUUACUACCUCUAAAGAAUGGGGAGCUAUGGUGACUAAGUUGAAUGUCCCUGCUGAUUGGAAAGAGUGGCAGAUCUAUUUGCUUCUUUUGGGAUUAUUUUUGGCAUCUGCGGUUGCAUUUUACAUAUUCUUCCAGAAUUCCGAUUCAUUUUGGAACUUCCCUCUCGGUAAAGACCAACCAGCAAGACCAAAGAUUGACACAAUUUUCGGAGAUCCUCAGUCGGAUGAUCAAAAUAUGUGGAGCCCAUUUGGACCAGUAGAUAUGUAA